CCGGCGACAUCUCAUCUCCGGGUUUGCCCUCAUAUGACAACUAUAUAAUCAAACAAUCGUUUAAACAUGAAAAAAGCUUCAUGUUGCCUGAUUUGGGCAACCAUAAUUGGUGUCAUUUUACUAAUUGCAGGUAUUGUGGUCAUUCCUGUGGCGAAGAACCUAAUUCACAACAAAAUUACGGAGCAAAUUACAUUAAAGAGCAACGCGACAUACCAAAACUGGGUGAAAAAUCCAACACCAAUAUUUUUCCAAUUGUGGGUCUGGGAUCUUCAAAAUCCGGAUGAGGUGAAGAAUGGCGGGAAGCCUAGUCUUGUUCAGAGAGGUCCAUACUCAUACAGGGAAAACCGUCAUAAAAUCAAUGUGUCGUUCCAUGAUGAGAAUGACACGGUAACAUAUAAGGAAGACAAGUACUACGUGUUUGACCGAGCCAUGUCCAACGGAACAGAAGACGACAAAUUCACCACCGUCAAUAUUCCACUUAUGUUGAUAGCAAACAUUGUGAAGCGGGAAGUUGACUGGCUCCAGAAGAUAGCAGAUGCCCUGAUAGAGUGGGGAGAGAAGGAUGUGUUCAUGACUCUGUCUGUGAAGGACCUUGUCUGGGGCUAUGACGAGCCCCUUAUCAACAAGACGGUCACACUGCUCCAGGAACUUGGCCUGCCAAUACACAUUGACGAUCACUUUGGCCUCUUUGUUGGGACAAACAACUCCGAUGACGGCUGGUAUAACAUAAAGACUGGCCAGGGCGACCCAAGCCUGUUUGGUGUGAUACAGAAGUGGAACUGGAACAACACUUUGCCAUACUGGACAACACCUACAUGUAAUAUGGUCAACGGUACAGAUGGCACAAUAUUCCAUCCCUUUGUGGACAAAUCUGAUGUCAUGUAUGUUUUCUCCACAGAUCUUUGCAGAUCAAUAUAUUUCACAUACCUGGAGCCCAGUUCCCAGCAGGGUAUUGACCUGUACCGGUUCUCCACCCCUCCAGAUGUGUUCAUGAGCCACAUUGACAACCCCGCCAACCAGGGAUACUGUACCCCCUCUGAUAACUGCCUCCCCUCAGGCCUUCUUAACAUGGAAAACUGCCAUGAUGGAGCCCCAUUGGUGUUUUCGCAGCCCCACUUCCUAAAUGCAGACAAAGCAGUCAUAAAUGGAGUGUAUGGGAUGCAUCCCAACAUUGAGGAACACGGCACAUUUAUUGACAUCGAGCCAAACACUGGUGCAGCAUUUUAUGCAGCUAAGAAACUACAGGCCAACAUAGCUUUGGAAAGAGUUCCAAAUAUCAAAAGCACAUUAAAACUGCCAACUGUGGUGCUGCCAGUUGUUUGGUUGAACGAGAGCUCAAAGAUCACAAAGUCUCUGGCGGAUGAGUUUAAGUCUGAGCUGCAGACCCCAUUGUUGGUGAUACAUGUUGGCACAUACUUGGCCAUCGGUCUUGGUGCCUUCCUGGUGCUAAUGUCCCUCACUGUUGCCAUCUUUAGGAAACUCCGGGAAAAACAGUACAAAAGAAUGACCGAGUACACUGAUGCAAACUGAUAUAUUGAUGGAAGGAUUCAGUAGUCCAAGUGAUACUCCCCAACAACCACUAAAUGCUCAUGGAUAAUUUAUUUGAUCAACGAUUGUGUCAGAAAAAUGUAUGAUUAACUGUUUGUGUGUGAACAAGUUCCAAAGUCUUUCUUUGGAUAAGUCAUGAUCUUCAGAGGGCAGGGCUUUUUCUGCCCAUUUUGGGAAAAAGACCCUAGACAUUUUGGGAAAAUUUGCGUCGUGAAAAUGCGGAAAUUGGGAAAUUUUUCAGUGAAAAGAAAAAAGCUGUCUAGUCUGCUGUGAAUUAGGAAAUUAUUUAAUAUUAGUUUAUUUUCCCUUAAAAAGACCCACAAUGGCUGAAAUAUCAAUCCUUGGGGUGUAAAUAUCUAUUGCAAUAAAUCAUGACAGAUAAUAUUUCAUAUCUCUAAAUGUGAUGAAAUUCAAUGAUUUCUGAGUUCAUUUACUAAAAAUACUUCACAUCACAUAAUUUAUUAGGAUGUUGAAAAUGAACCAGUACAGGUAAAAAGAAUUUCUAAAAAAAUAAAUAAAUUUGGAUUGGGAUUUUUUUCUGAAGAUUGGGAAAAAUAUCUUAUAUUUUGCUUUGGGAAUGGGUCCGAUAGUCGGACCCGUGGGUACUAAAGAAAAAGCCCUGGAGGGACAUGUGUUAUAUCCUCUCCAACCCGGACACAUGUAACAUCCUCUCCAACCAAAACAUGUGUAACAUGCUCUCGAACUGGAACAUGUGUUACAUCCUCUACAACCAAAACUUGUGUAACAUCUUCUCCAACCAGAGAACAUGUAACAUCCUUUCCAACCGGAACACAUGUAACAUUCUCUCCAACCAGAAACAUGUGUAACAUCCUCUCCAACCGGAACAGGUGUAACAUCCUCUUCACCAAAGAUAUGUGUAAAAUCUUCUCCAUCAGAUGUUCCCUCUACCUCACUCAUGCCUGAUGAGUUUCUGUGAAUUGUUGACGUUUCACUAAGUUCCGUUUGACUUUGGGAUCUCCUUAUUUUCGCAUUCUCACUUACCUCUUAUUGAUGGUGUUCUUGCAUGCAGAUUACUGAAAAAAACAAGAGACAGGAUCGUCCCAGAUGUACACACUGUUAAAGGAAACAGUGAAAUUAAUGUGAAAAAUUGAUGAAUAAUUAAUGAACUACCUAGAAUUGAAUUCACAGCGCUGUGCAAUAAGGCCAUUCAAAAUCGUUUCUUUGUAAGCAUCCUUUUGGGCUAACCAAGCAAAAAAACAAAACACACAACAUUUUAUAUGAUCAAUGACCUUGCAGAAUAUUUCUAAUUGCAUUUUACUAUAACUCAGACUGAAGAAGCUUAUAAAAACAUGCUUUAUACUUUGUUCUAGUACUUGUAUUCUUGGCAUUUGGAAAAAAUUAUGCAUUCUGUGUGAUUCUCAUGAUCUCAUUGUGCAUGGAAAUAUUUCUUACCAUUGCGAAUGGACUAUAUAUAUAUAUAUAUAUAUAGGAUGUCACUGAUUUAGUAUUCAGUUUUUUUUCGGGGGUCUUUUUCAGAAUAGCUAGAUAGGUUUCUGUACUAAAUGUUGAGGCUAAACAUAAAAACCGUUUUGGUAUGGUCUAAAUUGGUAUACUUUUUUCAAUCCCUGACAAGACAGAACAAAAAAUUCAUGCUACUGAUGUAUUAAUGAUUUGUAGCUGGGAUUUUAUUUUUGUUUUCAUUAGUUGGGACUUAAAUCUGGUGACUUCGCAGCCCACAAGAUAGGAAUGUAAUUGCUUUCUUCCUAUGCUGUGCCAAUAUGUCAAUUGUUUGUAGAAGCGUUGUCUCCCGGAAUAUCCAUAAGUUAUUGAAUUGUAACCAUUGAUGGCCAUAAAUAUUCAUUAACGUCUAAAUGCAUUUCUGAGUGUAAAUUUUUCCAUCAAUAAAGGCAAGUAUUCCAACCCCAGAAUAACCGAUGCAGCCCAAACCAUAAUCUUCAGAUCGGUGUUCACACAGCCAGCCACAUUCCCGAGACACUUAGGGUGCCAAGUUGCAUUUGCCUCUCUCCAAACUUUAAGCUGUCUGUCAGGUUUUUAGUCCAAUUUUCCAAUCAGACUCGACUGUCCAUGUGAAAUUCAUGCGACAUAAAUUACCGGUAACUCUCUUCUCUGUUGACAGUCGAGAUGCCAAUAGCUCGCUUCUUGUAACCCAGAGAAGGUAAAUAUCUUCGCACAGUUCAUUGUUCAAAGUUUUUCCUUCCCCUGUUCACUAAACAAUUUUGGAAAACCGCUUCUUGUUUGCUAUUACCAUUUCCAUGUCUCCAAAAUUGCUUUAAAGCACACUGAUUGUAGAUUUAUUCCGUCCCAACACACUUGGUAAUUUCCACAGCCCCAAAACCAGGUUCAAUCAUAAAAUAUGUUUUUCUGCUUUACAAUACCGUGUUACUCAUUUUCGAUAAUACAUAGCAGUCGACUUCUUCCACCAAAGUUUAUGUACACCACAUGGAAAGUACAUGCCAAUAAGAGUUGCUUCCCUUAUACAUGACGUUCAGUCAUAAAGUCAGUUAUUGAUCUUGAAAAGAUGCAAUAAAAAUAUCGAAUAACACCAUGGAAACAGUUUACUCAUAAAUGGCACGUUGCUGUAAUUGACGUUUGUAAUUUCAAAGAAGGCUUGUAUUAGUUUGUCAUCAAAGUUAGCAAAAUGUGUGGAGAGCAUCAAAAUCCAUCUCUCAACAUGAAUUAAGACAAACUUAUAUUAAUCUGUUCCUUCUACAAUUAAAAUUCAUAGAUGCACAGUUUUAAAUGCUUCAUACUUACUUAAAUGGAAAUGCAAGUGACAGAUAGCAAGAACAAGUAGAAAUUUAAUUUAAGACUUACCGGUACAUUUACGGUACUGUUGUGUAUGAAAAAAAUGGAAUUUGGUACUUUAAUACAACUCUGCACUUGAUUUCAUAAAAUGUAUUAUACACUAUACAAACCAUGCAAACAAAAUAUGCCUAUGUGAAUGUAUCGAUUAUAUUAUUGAAAUAUUGUUGUGUGAUAUAAUGUGUGAUUUAUAUAUAUUCCUACAAGCCUCAUUUGUCAUGUACUCAAUGUUUUUAUUUUGAAAAAAUAUUGUAGUGUGACUUGUUGUUAGUCUUUCUAAACCCACAAUGCAUAUAAGUGCUUAGAUAUAUGUUUUGAUAAUUUUCUUGUAUGUUUGUAUUAUUAUUAUUAUUAUUAUUAUUAUUAUUAUUAUUAUAAUGGAUCCUGUGAUGAAAUCGCUGUUGCAAUUGUGCUAAAAUGACUAAUAAGUGCCUCUGAUUGUGUAGGUCCUGUCUGAUUGUACCUGUGUGUGUAGUGCCUCUGAUUGUGUAGGUCCUGUCUGAUUGUACCUGUGUGUGUAGUGCCUCUGAUUGUGUAGGUCCUGUCUGAUUGUACCUGUGUGUGUAGUGCCUCUGAUUGUGUAGGUCCUGUCUGAUUGUACCUGUGUGUGUAGUGCCUCUGAUUGUGUAGGUCCUGUCUGAUUGUACCUGUGUGUGUAGUGCCUCUGAUUGUGUAGGUCCUGUCUGAUUGUACCUGUGUGUGUAGUGCCUCUGAUUGUGUAGGUCCUGUCUGAUUGUACCUGUGUGUGUAUGCCUCUGAUUGUGUAGGUCCUGUCUGAUUGUACCUGUGUGUGUAGUGCCUCUGAUUGUGUAGGUCCUGUCUGAUUGUACCUGUGUGUGUAGUGCCUCUGAUUGUGUAGGUCCUGUCUGAUUGUACCUGUGUGUGUAGUGCCUCUGAUUGUGUAGGUCCUGUCUGAUUGUACCUGUGUAUGUAGUGCCUCUGAUUGUGUAGGUCCUGUCUGAUUGUACCUGUGUGUGUAUGCCUCUGAUUGUGUAGGUCCUGUCUGAUUGUACCUGUGUGUGUAUGCCUAAAUUGUGUUUUUCUUGUUCUGUAUAAGUGUUACAUCUCUUUACAAAUAUAAAUACACAAAUGGACUCUUGUUUCACUGUAUGAAGGACUGCUAUAUAUAUUUGCAUUUAACCUUUGAAGUUGCAACAACAAUGUCCUAGUUACAUGCAUAUUUGAAAUAUGUACUUUAAAAUGAAGACAUUGAAUGAGUGUAGCUAUUAAACGUUCAAGACAUUA